GAUCAGGUGCCAGAGUGCAAGGUAGAAGAGGUAGCAGGAGGUUUCUCAUGCCCUGCCCCUGGAGAACUUGCUAACACCGGUUCCUUCUCCCGACACGCGCACCCUGACGAUUGCCGAAAGUACUACAUCUGUCUGGAAGGCGUUGCAAGGGAGUACGGGUGUCCUAUCGGUACAGUCUUCAAGAUUGGAGACUCUGAUGGCUCUGGUAACUGCGAGGAUCCUGAAGAUGUUCCUGGCUGUGAAGACUACUACGGUGAACUAGAUCUGAAGGCACUUAAAAAAUUGGGAUUUAAGAAGUGAACAGAAUUACGCGAGUAAAAAAUAUACUGGAACAAAAAUCUCAAAUCCAAAGUUGUAUCAUGGAGCAUCAGAUGUGUAGUAGUACUGUACUCAUUACAACACACCAAACAGCAGCAGACUGCAACAUCCGACUGACAAUUUUAUUUUACUUCUUAACGAACUGAAGUGAUUACUUGAUUCAAAAGUACAGUGGAUUCUUUCAAAAAAAAAAUAUAUACGCACAUUUAUAAUAUAUAUAUAUCGCAGGUUGAUGUAUCUUAUACAGAAACAUGUUUUCUUUAGAGUUUGUCUUCCUUCCCAUGACAGAGUAAAAGAGUAUUGUAUGCAUGUUACAUUAAAGUCUCCCACCCAAUAGUUUUCAUUGAAUUGACUGCUACCAACCAUACAGUCAGCUGUGUAGUUGCCUCACUGCUCACAAUGCGGAUUAUUUUACUGUCAGAAAUUGUUUACGAGUUAUUUAAACUACAAUGUGGGUUUGAACAACCAAGUAUGUAUGCCACCUGUGUGCGUUGUUUUUGUAAAUAAAAUGUCGUCUUUAUAAGUGUC